AUGUCAGAUACUCGCUCGCACUGGAAGAAGAUCCUCUAUCCAUCCUCUUCGUCGGGCAAUAUCGAUCCUCCCCAUCUACUCGCAGAUUUAAACAUUAGUAAAGCAUCAUCUUCGAAAUCUACUUCGAAGAUAGAUUCCCUCGGAUUUUUGGACGUUGCCUCCGGAACUGACCCGAUUGUCGA